AUGUGCUAUGCAAAGGAAGCCGAAGAAGACCACAAAGAAUAUAUGGAUGCAUCUUAUAUUGCUUAUUUGGAUAAUGAAAAAAUAGCCACUGACAUCACCAGAUCCUCACGACUUUCAUAUCUCCGAAGAGAAUUGCGUAAAAAUGGAACAUUUGAUGAAGUGAUUGAUGCAACAAAUGAUCGUUAUCUAACUGAAGAAUCGAACUGUCUUCAAAAAAUAAGACGAGAGGAACUCACAACUUAA